AUGCAAACCUAUGAUGAAAAUAUUUUGGUUUCCACAAAGGGAAGGCAACAAUCGUACACCAGAACAGUACUAAGGUUUUUUAUAUCAAUAGACCUCUCUAACAACAAUAUCGUUGGAGAACUGCCUGAUGCUCUAAUGUAUCUUCUGGGGUUGAAGAGCUUAAAUCUCUCUGGAAACCUUCUAAAAGGACAUAUUCCAGUAAUCAUUGGAAAUCUAAAGCAACUGGAAUCUUUAGAUUUGUCGAUGAACAACCUGUCUGGUCGGAUUCCCCAAAGUUUGGGUAGCUUGACCUUUCUAAGCUACUUGAACCUGUCAUUCAAUGAUUUAUAUGGCCGAGUUCCAGCUGGAAAUCAGCUUCAGACUCUUGAUGACCCAACUAUUUAUGAAGGGAACAAUGGACUAUGUGGGCCACCAGUUUUAAGAAGUUGCAAUGAAGAUGAUGUAAGAGACAAUCAUGUUGGUAAGAAUGAAGGUCAAGAUGAUACUGAAGACUUGUGGUUUUAUACUGGCAUGGGCCCAGGGUUCUUUGUUGGAUUUGUUGGACUACUUGGGAGUCUGCACUUCAUUACUAGGUGGAGAUUGGUUUACUUUGGGACUCUUGAAAACGUUUACAGUUGGUUAACGUUGUCAAUUCUACUUAAUCUUGGUCACCUAAGAAGGAAACUUUUCAAAUGA